CUUCUGGCCUGCGCCUCCAGAGGGAGGUCAGAACUAUUUGUCAGUCUCCAGUUGGGAUUGCAAAUUGGGAUGAGCCUCCCUGCGUGAUGACCUGCAGAACUUCCAUUCCCAACAGCGGGGCGACUGCUUUACGUCAUUUGGGAAUUGAUGCGCCGACCAGCAGCUUUCUGUUGAGCAAUAAUUUAAGCGGACACACAUUUCAUCUUCCCUUUGUGGUUUUAGAACAUAAUCUGACACAUUUGGCCCAUUGACUUAUGUGACCGUUACAGCUGUGAUUUUUUUUUCCAACACCUGUCGUGAUCUUGUCACAAGUUUCGACGAGGUUGGCAUGCUAAUUCAUGAGCAAAGGUAUUUUUUGGUAUCCUGUGAUAACAGAUCUCAUCUCAGGGUUUAACUGCUCCUAAUUCACUGUAAUGUUGAAGCCUAAUGACAGGUCUAAGGUUUAUUGCGCAUUAGCGGUGUGAUGCUGAGCACAUUACAUGUUGCUGGGCCUCUUUUUAAUGGUCACACAGACACCAUUUAUCCUGAUGUGUUUCGAAGUGGAUGGCCCCCCAAAAAAAUAAGCCCACAAACAAUUAUUUGAAAGCAGUCUGAUGGUGGGCUGUGCAUGCAUGCAGGGCACUUCUUGCCUGCUCCGUGUUUUUGACGUGAAUGAUUUAAAAAAUGUCCAACUUUUUUUUUUUAGUGUUGGGGAAACUUGUCCUGUCUUUGAAGGUCGUGUUCAGAGCGCCUUAAAGUGAAAGAAAAUGUUUUCCUAUUAGCUAAUUGAAUGAGAGCGCAAAGCGAGGCCGCGCUGCUCCAUGACAGAGUCGCCUUUGUUACGUCUAUCCGCCGCUGUCACACACUUUAAUUCGACUCUCUUUCUCCCUCAUUGAAAGCCUCCACAAUGACAUUCAAUAAGGGCCGCCGAGUGAAAACCUGGUUAUUUUUACAUAUUCUUCCAAACCACCGCCCCUCCCGCCCGCGACUCGGCAGGGGCCCGAGCAAAGGAAUUAAUCACCGCUCUUUAACAGAACUGCCUUCAGGCAAUGACUUGUCCCUUUUCUUGUGCCUAGAAAAUGACACAUUAACCCUAAAUUGGUUUGCAUAAACUUUACAUUCAGCUGUUGCGUACGUAUACAUAUAGUAAAAAAAAAACAAACAAGCAAAAGUAAAGCAAACGUUUCGGACGCAUCCCCUCGCGAUGGUGUCACCGAAUAGCGUGCGCAAAUUUCGAGCUUGCUUUUGCGCCACGCACCUCUUAUUCCUGGCCAGGCUGACAAAUCCUCGAAUCCCGACCGCCGGCUUUCUAAAUGUGACAAUUGAAGCCGUGUUUUAUGAUAAAAUAAGAGCGAUGAUAAAAGGCAGAAUGGGGCAGUGCCGCCUCUCGCGGCGUGGGUGGGGCUGACAAGAAUAGACUACAUUAUGCAGUUCAUUUAGUUAACAAGUGAAAUAAUGGGGAAGCGUGCAGUGGGAAUGCCGAGAGAAAAGCACAAAACCCUAUUGAGGGCUCUCGGCCCGCUUGCAGCGUAACCGUCACAUGGCCGAAGCGGCUCGGCUGCGCCUAUUUAAGGAGCCCCCGGCGCGCCUUCAGCACCACUUCGCUGUCCACCCUUCCACGCGAGAGCACGCUGCCAACGUCCCACGCCUUUUGCGGCCGCACAACUCACCCACGACUUUUCCGCACGCCCGCCACCAUGCCGAGGUCUUUUCUCGUGGAUUCGUUGAUUUUAAGAGAGGCCAACGACAAGGGGAGCGAGAACAGCCCGCCUCUCUUCCCCUACGCGGUGCACUCGCCGGGCCACCCCGCGCACGGGCUGCCGGGCUCCUGCCACUCCAGGAAGGCCGGGCUGCUGUGCUUCUGCCCGCUGUGCAUGGCCGCCUCCCAGCUGCACCCGUCCCCGCCCGCGCUGCCGCUCCUCAAAGCUUCCUUCCCGGCCUUCGGUUCGCAGUACUGCCACACGGCGCUGUCCAGGCAACACGGCUCAUCCAACAGCAUCAACCUCGCCCACGGAGCCGCCAUGUACCAGGCCGCCUACGCGGUCCCGGAUCCGCGACAGUACCACUGCAUCUCCAUCGAAAACGGCAACGGCAAACUUCAGAGCAGCAAACGCAUGCGCACGGCCUUCACCAGCACGCAACUUUUGGAGCUGGAGCGCGAGUUCACGUCCAACAUGUACCUGUCCAGGCUGAGGCGCAUCGAGAUCGCCACCUACCUCAACCUGUCCGAGAAGCAGGUCAAGAUCUGGUUCCAGAACCGCCGAGUGAAGCACAAAAAGGAGGGCAAGAGCGGAUCCGGCGGCCCACGGACUGCCACCAACGGCUGCAAAUGCUCGUCGGCGGCCAGAUGCUCGGAGGAAGAAGAGGACGACAUGCCCGUGUCUCCUUCCUCAUUCUCCGAAAAGGAUGACGUGGACUUGUCCGUCUCCCCCUGAGCACCCAUCUGGACGAUUUAUUAUUAUUUUUUAAAUGUAACAUGAGCCAAAAAGACUGUUCCACUUCUGUAAAUACGAAGAGAAUAUUUAAUCAGGGAAUUGUCCUGAAUUAUUGUAUAAUUCUGUAUACAUGUUGUACGUUUUGUAAUGUAGUUUUUUUUUCUUCUGAAAACGGUCCAUUUGUUGUUGCCGAAACCUUGAGUAUGGUCGGUAUAUUUGUAAAGGCGAACCCUGCGCCGUUUUUUGAGCUCGGACUCAAAUCCUAUGAUUCAAUGUGAUUUCAAAUGUAUUUAUUUAUUUAAAAAUGUGGGGAAAUAAAAGCAGAUUUCUGA